AUGUUAAGAAUAAUUUAUUACUUCAUGAAUAGAUGGAUAAUGUUUUUUAUGUAUUUCACCAGAAUUGGAACUAAAUUUAAUUAAUAUGAAUUUUAAACAAUAGGCGGAGAUCAAUUUAUUUUAGGGAAGGAAUCAUUUGAUGAUGGAAAUAAUAAGAAUGAUGAUGGGUGUAUGGAUUGUUAUCUUUAAUGUUAAGAUUAAUGUACUUUAUGUCUUAAGGAAAUUGUUCAGAAAAUAGUACUGAAGUUUGGUGAUUAGGAAAAUAAAUUUAUUACUGUACGUAGAGACUAAUUAUUUUUAGAUAUUGAAGAAUGUUAUGAUGGUAAUCAAAGAAAAUCCUAAUGUUAAAAAUUAAUGUAUGACUGUUAAAAAGGUGUAUUUAAUCCUUGUAAAUCAGGAUGGAUACUUGCUCAAUAGAAAAUUUGUACUAUAUUUCAUGGAGAUGGAAUUGUUGUUGAUUCAUAAGAAUAAUGUGCUGGUGUUAAUAAUAUACCCCUACUGAUGAUUGUUAUUAAUGUUAUUUCAAAUGUUCAGAAGGUUGCAUUGAUUGUCAAAAGAUUAAUGUAAAUAAUGUAAUACUAAUUAAUAUCUUUUGCAUAAUAAGAUUUGUAGAUAUUAUAAAGAUAGUAAUAAUGA